CCCAAUGGAUAUCAACAGUGUGGCGCAGAAUGAAGCUAGGAAUGCUGGUUGAGUCAUCCCAACAACAACAAGAGGAAGAGGUGGCGGCCCGAACCUGAUCUCCACUGGUGGUCGUGGAAUCUCCAUGAUGCUGGGGAGGAUGUUAACUGAGAACAGGGUGGCUUUGGCAAAAGCAGCAGGAGCAGCUCGCUAUGCUUGGGGUGGGUAUGGAGAGGUUAAUGUUCAACCUACUGAUACACAAAACCUCUUCAUUUUCACCUUUAGUAACCCGGAGAUUAGAGAAAGGAUCUAGAGAGACAGACCAUGGAGCUUAUCAAACACUCUGACAACUAUAGAGAAGUACAACGGGAGAAGGAAGCCAUAGGAAAUACCUUUGGAGAUAGGAACCCACUACUUCCCAGGCUUCCUCGAUCUGGACAGAGCUAGUAUGGAAUUUACGGGAUACAGAAGAUUUAUGCGGAUUCUGGUGGAGGUGGAUCUCAGGGAGCAGGUUCCAACAGGAUUCGAUUUCCCAUUCACAGAUGAGAAAACAUGGGUGGAUUACUGCGCCGUGAUUGAUUUUAAGUAUGAGAGGCUUGUGGAAUUGUGCUACUUCUGUGGGCGGAUAGGCCAUAACUGGCCGACUUGCUGGAGAAUGGACGAGGAGUGGAAGAGAACCGAGGUGACUUACAUGUCGGAAGUAUACAACGCAUCACUCAAGGCUGGGAUAGACUCUCCAAACAGAUCGGGUAACUUCAGAAACAGCAGAGAAGGGGAAGGAUCUCGAAGCUCUCAGUCAGUAAGAGAUAGAUUGAGGUCUGGGGACUAUUAUCGGCAGGGUGUUGAAUGCGAUGGGGCGGCUGCGCGGGUAGGAGGAGUUCAAGAGGGGAGGAAUUCACAAGUUCCCCCUGGAUUCACCAUCAGGAGGAUUGAUAUGUGGUCUCAAAAUAGGGAGGAGCAAGAGAAUCAAGGGAGACAGAGAGGGAGAUAUAGAGAGGAGAUGGGAGCAAGGAAUCUGAAUUUGGAGCUGGAAAAAACAGUGGCGGCAAUGGAAGGAAGUCUCUUAUUGGAAGAAGAGGGUUUCCAGGGGAGCGCCGAUCAAAUUGCAACGGAGGUGGAGACAGUGGAAACGGGCUUAACCCUAGAGUCGGCACAGCAAGUGGAAGGAGAAGGAGGAUCCCAAAACGUUGUCAAUCUAGGCCCAACAGAUAUAUAUAUAUGUACCAGCAUCAGCAGGAGGCCUUGGAGGAGGAGAUGGGGCGCAGGCUGAAGAAAAGAAAAGGGACGAGCCUUUUGAGCAGGGACAGGCCCAAUAGUGGCAAAAUUAAUCUAGCCGAAAGUCAGUUUGGCCCAGCAGAGACGGUAUUCAUGGGAGGGCUUGGGGAAAAUAACAAGAAGAAGAAGAAUAAAAAAUAUAGACGAUCAACAAACCGAGGGAGGGUUUCUCUGAAGGGGAGCAAGGAAGGGACACGAGGGCAGCGGUGGUUCGCCAGAAGCCACCUCGCCGGGAAUGAGUAUUGUAAGUUGGAAUUGUAGGGCAUUUGGCCCACCUCUUACAAGAAGUUACGCUAAACGUCUAUGUAGACGUUUAGGCCCUUCUAUUGUUUUUCUUAUGGAAACUAGCAAGAAUGAGGCUUUCAUGGAAGAACAAAGAAGAAGUCUCAAAAUUUUCCCCAAUAGAGAGUAUGUUGAACCGGUUAACACUUCUAGGGGGUUUGCUUUAUGGUGGAAAUCGGGUAUUAGUAUUAGUGUAAUAAGUAGUGAUAGCUACUAUAUGGAUGUUAGUAUUGAUAUGGGUAGGAAUUUUUUCUGCACUUUUGUUCAUGCACCCUCUACCACUGUUAGUAGAAGGGAAUUUUAGGAGCACCUGAGCUCUUUUCGGAGUAGUAGGGAUGAUAAUUGGGUUGUUGUUGGGGAUUUCAAUGCCGCUAUUUAUGAAAAUGAAAAAGAGGGAAGAUGCCCUCUUAGGUACGAGAAUGUGGAACCUUUUAAAAGGUUCAUCUUCCACAACGCCCUUAUUGACCUAGGCUUCAAAGGGGAGUCUUUCACUUGGACCAACAAGCGAACAGGCCUGAAUACAACGCGGGUCAGAUUAGAUCGAGUGUUGUGCUCAACUUCUUGGAGAGCACUCUUUGGUGAAGCGGUGGUGUUUCACAAGAAAAUGGUAAAGUCCGAUCAUUGCCCAAUCAGACUGGAGCUUCACUACAUGGGGAGUAGGAGGAAGAAAACACCAUUUAGGGUCAAUGAAAGAUGGAUGGAAAAAGAUGAAUGCACAGAGAUUGUUACCCGGUCCUGGGAUCCAGGAGGCCCAUCAUCCCACCAGCUUAACAAAUGUGAAAGGGACUUAAAAGAGUGGUCGAAGGAUAACCAUCAUAACAGGUCAAAGAGGGAACAUAAAAUUCUUGAACGACUUGACGUUCUCCAAAAGCCUCCCAGAUCACAGGAAAGGGUGGAGGAAGAGAAGAGACUUACGGAGGAGUUAGCAAAUAUUUGGCUUGAUGAGGAGGCAUUUUGGAAUCAAUGCUCGAGAGUGAUGUGGCUUCAAAAAGGUGACCAGAAUUCUUCCUUUUUUCACUCUAGCACGAUUCAUAGAAGACAUAAGAAAAGAAUCCUUAGAUUAAAAGAUGAAGUGGAAAACUGGAUUGAGGACGAGAAUAGGCUUAAGGGAAUUUCACAAGAAUUCUACAAAGAUCUUUUUAGAGCCAGAAAUCCUAUCCCGUCCAACACCCUUUUGGAUGGUUUUCCUAAUAAAGUAUCUGUCGAGAU